UGUUUCGCGUCCAUGAAUCCUCAUGCCAAGCAUAGAGAAAUAUGAAGGCAAUCGAGAUAGGGAUGGGACUUACCGACUUUACAUCUUCGUUGUCUUCGACGGUAGAGUGCGUGUUCGAAUCAACACCCUUCGAGAACGGUUAGAGAUCGAGAUAAGGACAUGCGCUUUCGAUAUCUUCAUAGGACUAUAAGAGCCUGGCUAUACGAGCUUGUUGACUCGUUGAUUAACUUCCAGUUUUGAAUGAAUACAAACCCUGUGGAAAGCCAUCCAUCAUGAUCGAUUUCAGGAAGAUCUACAAGCAUCCCAAAGAAUGGUCCUUGUACAAGGACAUGACAGUGACCGCAUGGAGGGUCGCCAUUCUGGCUUGCUUAGGUGCCAUGGUUUUUGGAUAUGACACUGCCUGGUGGUCUGGUGUCUUGGGCAUGCCUGCCUUCACUUCGCGCUUUGGCGUUUACAACCCAGCGACGAAGAAAUAUGUCAUCUCUGCACCGUUGACAUCGUCAGGAAGUGGAAUUCCCACGGCUGGAAGGAUUCUUGGUUCAAUUGCUACUCCGUACAUAGCAGACUGGCUUGGACGCCGUUGGACGAUGCUUGUCAUGUCUAUUCUGUUCAUAGCAGCGAUCAUUGUUGAGGUUACUUCGAAGUCUUUCUGGCAAAUCGUUAUCGGACGGUUUUUCAAUUAUAUUCCUAUGGGGAUGGCAGGCGCGCUCGUUCCCGUUUACCAGGCGGAAUGUGCUCCUCCUUCGACUCGUGGUGCUCUAAUCACGAUCUUUACCUGGUUCGUUGACCUUGGUGCCUUGAUUGCAUCUUGUAUUGUAUUCAGCACUCACACGUGGAGAGGCGAAGGUGCAUACAAAUAUGUCAUGGGAAUCCAAAUGGCCUUUCCGCUUCUCAUCAUCGCCGCCCUUCCGUUCAUUCCGGAGACCCCACGUUUUCUUUGUAUGAAAGGCCGUCGGGAGGAGGCGAUCACAGUCAUGAAGACGCUUAGGAGGAGCGACGAACAGGCUAUUCAAGAGAUCGACGAGAUCGAGGCAUCCCUGGAGCGCAAAGUAGAGACUGGGGCGUGGAUCGACCUUGUACGCGGAUCCAAUCUGCGCCGUACGAUUAUCUCUAUUACCAUCCCUUCGAUCGAGGCAUGGCAAGGCCAGAGUUUCAUGGGAAACUACCUAGUUGUUUUUUUGAUCUCACUUGGCGCAACAAAUCAGUACAUGUUGUCGACUUUGCUCCAGGCUGUCUUGCUAAUUUGUGUGACGCUGACAUUCUGGAUGUCUGAUCACAUAGGCCGUAGGCCACUAUUACUUUUUGGCAGUGCAACUAUGUGGAUUACUUUCUUCAUCGUGUCCGCAGUCAGUGGACAUGACACUACAGGUAUUUCAGAUACCCGCAAGCAAGUUGCUGUCGGCAUGCUCUUCAUCUGGGCGAUCGCAUACGCAAGCACUUACCAGCCAGUCGGUUAUCUUGCACCAGCGGAGACGCCCACUACAAAGCUGCGCUCAAAGACCGCUGGUGUAGCAUACUUUUGUCAGCAAUGCGGCGGACUCAUCGUCACUUUUGUCGCCCCAUACAUGCAAAACGCUGGAUAUGGUAAUAUGGGACCAUAUAUCGGAUUUUUCUUCGGAGGAAUCUCAUUUCUUGGCUUGGUCUUCGUCUACUUCUGUUAUCCUGAAGUCAAAGGCCUUUCUGUCGAAGAACUCGACGUCCUCUUCGACAAGAGGCUGCCUACGAGAGAGUUCGGCAAAGUUCCGCGAGGUACCCAUGCCGUUGCAGAGCUUAUUGAGGGCCAUCCGAAAGAAGGAUCCCUUUCUGAUGCAGAAAAAGCCGUGGAUGACAAGGCUGCCGGUGUUACAGUAUCUAAAGUGUAGCGCAUAAGGUGGAAAGGGUCAGAAUGGCACAGUUUGAAUGUUGAUCUGACUUCGCGCAUGCCUUCAAACUCCUUGUUGGCUUUUCCCUUUUAGCCUCAAUGGAUGGAUGAGAUAGUAUCAGCUUUGGUUGUGUUGGCUUGAGCAGAGAUGAUGUAUUACAAUGCUAAUGGUCU